GGGUGUCACGUGACUUUGAACAACAACAGCGAGGGUGGGAGGCGAAUUGCGAAGGUGUAGUAGCACAACUUCAAAGCCUUAAAUUCCAUUACCUUCGUUGGACAAAGUUGCCGAUUUCAGGAACCACUGUAAAGACAACGAAACUGGGAACGGAAUAUUUCAGUUGAGGAAACAUCGACGUGUGAGGUGGCCCUACCAUCAUCGUCAUGGGCUUAUACACAGCAUUCCGCAAGAAUGGCGCCCCAACAUUCUACGAGUCCGUCAAGACGCCAUUCGAGGCCGACAUUCUGGAGUCCGGUCUCAUUUUUUGCAUCGUCAUCCUGGCAUUCUCCUUCUACAUCGUUCUGCCGGGAAUGCGGGGCAAGGAGGUACUCUUCACAUUUAUCCGAAUAACAGUCAGCUUAUUUAUCGGUGCCUCCAUACUGUUGAGCAACUUCGCUAUGUCCUGGGAGGAGUCGGUCAUCACUAAUACUAUAACCAAAUACAAGGCAGGGACUGGGAAAGACAUCACAGCGGAGAUAGGACUUCAUAUAGGGCUCCGCGGAGUUAACAUAACUCUUAAAGGAGAACCAGAGAUGCAGCUGAAUGAGACGAUCAACUACAACGAGCACUUCAGCUGGGAGUGGAGACAAGGGCGCCUCGGCUUCGGGCCUUUUGCUGGAAGGUUUGCCCGGGAGUACCGAGCCGCUCAGUUCCGUGGACUCCCGCUGCCAGUUCUGUGGAUAGCAGAAUACUUCACAUUCGACGGAGAGGGUGUCCGAUGGGGGCGCUUCUACAGACAGGCCGGGUGGUACACCCAUAUACUGCUAUGGACGGCUUUUCCGUUGUGGGUGUUAGCCAACAUCCUGUUUUUCGUUCUGCUGAGGUAUGGAGCUUACAUGUUGCUUCUGACGGGGAUCUGCAUGGUGUCUGGAAACAUCAUCUGGGCAACAGUCAGGAACUUCAACACACUCGUCAUCCCCUUCUCAGCUGAGCACAUGAUGAAGUUCACCUUCAGCUCAGCGUUCUGGCUAUGCCUCAUAACAGGCAUCCUGUGCCUCAUCCUGGGGAUAGUUAUAUACAUCCUUGACCUUCGCUGGCCCCGGCACAUCGCCACCUUCUUCAACGUGGACGUCCUACAAGACUCGGAGGAGAUCCAGGUGGAAGAGAUCCAUGCCACCGAAGUUGAAGAGAACAAUGACGAAGACGAGGACGAGGACGUUGAGAAGAGGACUAACGGCGCGAGCAACGCUCCCCGACCAACAACGUCAAACGACGACGACAUCUACGACGUGCGGUUCGACAUCCCGGCUCCCAAGAUGCGCAGUGAGAGGACCUUCACUCAGAGGUUCCAGAAGAACAGACGCAAGACCAAGCGCCCCCCGCCCCCACCUCCCCCACAGGAAAACAGCAGCGAGGAGGAGGCCUACGAGAACGCUGAGGCUGUCAGAUUCUAUGCAAAAGGUAAAAGGGCCAACCCAAGAGAUGUGCAGUUGGAGAUGGGGACAUCCGCUUAGUCAUUUGGUCAAGUUUCCAGGUCAUCUUACCAGUUUCAACUCUCUACCUGAAUAUCGAAGUACCCAAACUGUCUGAGAAAAUACUGGCUUCCAGAUGGGGGGUCUCAUAUAUCGUUCAGAUUUAACUUACUGUACCCAGUUGUGUUGUAUAUAUGAAAGGUUUCAUCAAAACAUUUAUUUGUUCAUUGCAUUUGUACUGUCAAAGCAUGAUCCUUAACUUUGUUGUGAAACCUUUUAAAAAUGUUGAUGCCUGCAACUCUGGGAUCCUUGAAAAGCACUUAACAAUUACCCAUGAAGAUAUCAAGGGUUUAUUUUUGGUAGCUUAUGUUACGUUUUGUUCAUAUUUUUUCCCUGUAAAGUUCACCAAUUCCGAAAGAAAUUCUCAAAACUUUUAAACUGGGUGGAAGGGACGAAAGAUAUAGAGUUCUAAACAAGGCUUUCAAGGCAUUUCAUAUCAGUGCUUGUAAAAGGUAGUGUCAUCGAAAGCCUAUUCACACAUUGUUUAGUUGACAACUAUGGCAACCUGUAACACAAUUUACAUGAGUGAAAUCGAUUCAUCAUCUUGAAUAACAAAUUAAUUGUUUUCCGCAAACAGGCUGUGUUUUGUGUCUAUGCAGAUGCCAACCAUUCCAAUAGGUCUUAAUUGCCACACAAUGAAUUUUGACAAUCUACCGUAACAUUCACUAUCUGCAUUCAUUUCUUACUUGUCAACUGCAAAUCAUUUUCCAUGAAAAUAAAAUGCAAAGCUCAACACUUAUUUUAGCACUGUAAGAUUUAUGGCAGAGUUUGCCAUUAACCCUGAAAAGCUGCAGGCCCUGAGGACCCAGGACCCAGAACCAUAAAAAGUUGUGGGUCCUGAUCAGAAUGUGUAAGCCCUAUAUUUAAACUACAAUAUCAGUAAUUCCCAGCAAACAAAAACUAUAACUAGCAAAGUUAAAGAGUUUAAUUAAACUCUAUUGACUGACCAGUCUUCACUGGCAAGAAAAUGAAAAACCUAGAAAUUACUGAAAUAUAUUUUCUGAAAAAUUAUACUCAGUUAUUGGGAAUGAAAAAGCUGUCAGCCAUAAGGACCUGCAGAAAACAAAGCUGCGGGUCCGAGUGGUUUUCCGUUAGCUGACGUUAGUUCGAAUGCUGACUUAUGGUCAGGUCUUGAGUGAUUAUGAAUUUACGCAGCUUUUAGCAAUAUUCCAGCAUUCCAGGGCAUCACCAGAAAUGGGCUUCACACAUUGUUCCCACGUGGGGAAUUGAACCCGGGUCUUCAGCGUGAUGAGCGAACGCUUUAACCACUAGGCUACCCCACUACCCUCAGGUCAUAAUGAAUUCCAAGAUAAUUCCAUCAUUUUAUUGUUUACAAAUAUGUGAUAUAUUUCAAGACUUGUCCUUUCAACACCCAGUCAGACCAAGAUAUACAAACUAAAUUAGUAUUUUUUCAAUUUUACUGGCUUUCUUUGUCUUUGUUUGAAUUUCCUCUUCAACUUCAUGCUAACUCAUUACUAAUGCCUAUAAGUAUAUCUGUUAUCCACAUUUUGAGUUAAUGUCAAAUAAACUACUUCAUAACUUGU